CUUCACUAGUUUCUGAGCUUCAUCCGCGCCGAAUGGAGAGCGUCCUAUCGAGCAUUUAAAGCUGGCCUAAGUGCAUGAAGACACUCUGGUGCAAUAAUGGAGGCCUGGCCAACAGUGGCCUGGGUCCUGCUGCUGACCACCAUCACUGACUGGGUGAAAACUGCGCAGUCACGGGACUUCACCAUGAAGGAUAUCAUCCUGCUGCACCCCUCAACUACUCCUUACCCUGGCGGAUUCAAGUGCUUCACAUGCCAAGAUGCUGUAGACAACUACGACUGCAACCGCUGGGCCCCGGACGUAUACUGUCCAAAGGAUACUAAAUACUGCUCCACCCUCCACAUGAUGGAUAGAAGUGGGGAAAGUGUGUUUGUGACCAAGCGCUGUGCCACCUUGGAGGAGUGUCUGUUCACUGGCUGUGCUGACGUUGCCGAUACUGGCUACCAGGUGUGCUCUUCCUGCUGUGAGGGGAACAUCUGCAACGUGUUGGUGCCCAGAAAUGACAGCAGUGCCAUUUUCUCCUCCAUUUCUCCUUUGGUUAGUUUGAGCGGGAGUCUUCAUUCUAGAGCGCUGUGCUUCAUCAUCAUCGCCAUCAUUGUUGUCAUCUUCACAGCUGGACGUGUUUGAGACACGUAGAAAGAGAACAGCUGGUAUGUGUAGUGGCAGAACUGGGACCUGUGUUGGCUGCGUGUUUCAGUAACUGAAGGUUUAAAGACAUUUUUAUAUGCAAGACAACUGAUUCAACUUUGGUUUCCUUUCUUCUUUUCCACUUUUUUAAUAGUCGAUCUGCAUUUCUGUGUUUUCUGUUAUAUUUAUAAUGUUACUUUGUAUAUAGCUCAUAAUAAACAUCUCUGAGUCAAAAGCUCAGGCUUCACAAUGAUCUAAACACUGUCUCAGAUAUGUCUUCUACUCCUGGCUCUGCGUGCCGAUGCUGACUAUCCCUAAUAUGGUAGAUCAUUAUAGACUUAAACAAUAAUAAGAGAAGACAUCUGGAUUUUUAAAACCUAAAGAAGUCCAGUUGCCUCCCUUUUUCAAGCUCUCAGGACUCCCUAAUAUGGU